GUUGCGCGCGUCGGCAAAAACUGGCGAGUGGCGACGGCGGCGAAGGAAGCGAGAGUGUGGAAAUGGCGGACGAAGAAGAACCUCCCAUCGCUGUCCGAAUUGAACCGGACUUUUCGUACGGACAGACUCCUCUGGAACAAGAACGAACAGACGCCGUUUCCGUGGGUGUCACCAUCGUCACCGGCUAUCUCGGCGCCGGAAAAUCCACCCUUGUGAAUUAUAUUCUGAACGGGAAUCACGGGAAGAGAAUCGCGGUGAUAUUGAAUGAGUUUGGGGAGGAGAUAGGAGUGGAGAGGGCAAUGAUAAACGAAGGAGAAGGAGGUGCCCUUGUCGAAGAAUGGGUCGAGCUCGCUAAUGGUUGUGUUUGUUGCACUGUUAAGCACAGUCUCGUUCAAGCUCUUGAGCAGCUUGUGCAGAGAAAAGACAGAAUUGAUCAUAUAUUGCUGGAGACUACCGGUUUGGCAAAUCCUGCUCCACUGGCCUCUGUUCUUUGGUUGGAUGAUCAGUUAGAAUCCGAAGUCAAGCUCGAUUGCAUUGUUACUGUUGUGGAUGCAAAGAACCUCCGGUUUCAGCUCAAUGAGCGUCGUGACUCAUCAUCAUUUCCCGAAGCUUUUCAUCAAAUAGCAUUUGCGGACACAAUAGUUCUUAACAAGGUUGACUUGGCUUCUCAAGAGGAAUCUGAUGAACUGGUGAAAGAAAUCCGUACGAUUAAUGCACUGGCAAAUGUCAUCCGCUCUGUCAGAUGCCAAGUUGAUUUGUCCAACAUAUUAAACUGCCAGGCAUAUGAUUCAACUCACGUUAGCCGCCUUGAAUCUUUAUUAGAAGAAAAUAAAUCAUUGUCUACAAGAGACCUUCAUGACAGUAGAGUGAGGACCAUAUGCAUCUGUGAGCCACUGGCUGUAGACCUCGAUAAGGUGCGUUUAUGGCUAGAGGAGAUUCUUUGGGACAAAAAGCAAGGGAUGGAUGUGUACCGCUGCAAGGGGGUGCUAAGCAUUCAGAACUCAGGCCAGUUGCAUACUUUGCAGGCUGUAAGAGAGAUAUACGAGAUAGUUCCGGCUCGAAAAUGGAACGAGGGAGAGGAUCAAACCAGCAAAAUAGUAUUUAUAGGACACAACCUAGAUGAGGAAGCACUAGCAAGUGGAUUAAGAGACUGCAGACCCACAAGUGCCUGAAGGAAAAACAUGAACUGUGUAAUAUGAGCAAAACCCAAAUCCUGGAUUUGUUAUUAAACCGUCCGUGUUCUUGCAAUCAGUUUUUUUUUUUAAUGAAAAAAUGUCAAAAAAAAAA